AUGAAAUUUACAGACAUUAUACUUGUACUGUCUGUAUCAGCAGUUGCCAGUGCGUUAGUAGCUACGCCCAAUGCAGAAACUCGAUCACAUCAGUUGUCAAAACGUAGUCCCGGUAAAGAUUGGAAAAAAUUGAUUGAAGGCAACCCCAAUGAUGAUGGCGAAAGCAAACCAGGGCCAUCGAACAACAAUGAUUCAAGUGAACCAGGGCCAUCAAACAGCGAUAGUGCCAAAAAUGAACUGGAUGAUACCACUCGUCAAAGGAAGAAAGCAUGCAAUAAGUAUCAUAAAUACAAGAAAGAAUUUCAAAAGGAUCCAUUAGGCUCCAGUAUGAAAGAUGCGGGCUUUUUGUGGCCAUGGCCUUAUAAAACUCAUGAUUACAAUUCCAUCGAUUCAUCGAUUGAAAAGGCACAUAAAAAGAUGAAAGAGUUGAAAAAAGAAUGCGAUGAGGCGACAGAAAAGGAAAAUCAUCUAAGACAGAAACGAAAAGAUGGAAGCCAAAAGGAAAAGGAAAAGGAAACAAAAGAAGCUGAGAAGCAAUCUGACAUUAAAUCAGGAGGCAAGCUCAAACGAUUCAAAUCAAUGCUUGACAGUUUCUAA